AUGGCGUUUAACGCCGAGCUACUUCGCAAAGUCUUGGACUCGAACGUGCUUAAGGCCAGACCUAGCCAGGUUAUCUGCGCCAAGUUCCUAAGCUUCAAGCAAAAUGGAAAGAGCGUUGUUCGAAGCACAGUCUCGGUUUGUCCGCAUCAUUCAAGCGGCAAAACCGAAGAGUAAGUUGAUUUAGUAUGUUAUUUUGUUAGCUGUAAACGUAAAGUGAGAAUUUGUUUUGAUCAACCCUUCUUUCCGCCACAUUCUCAUUGCCAUUUUAUAUUACUCCUUAAGCCCCCAUUAGUUUUGCGAUUCUCUUUAAGGUACCUAUCGUUGAAAGGCCACCAAAUUUUUUCGCAAUACGUUGGCGAUUUGUCACAAAUUGAUAAUCAUGAAAUUUAAAACUAUUUUGAAAAAGAUAACUCGUUCGGUUUCAAUUUGAAUUUCCAAUGACUUUACCAAGUUGAGACCGACCAGUUCAGAAAAUAAUUAUCGAAAUUGCUUGAUUUUUGACACGGAAUGGCAUGGUUUUGCAAGGAAUUUUUGAGGCUCUUUAAGUACCGUAACAUGUUAUUGUCAUUUUUAAAAUGAUAUAUAUUUAAUGUCAUUUUUAGCAUGAUAUAUAUUUAUUGUUUUUUUAGCACGUUCGAGCUUUACGAAGACGGUGUCACCAUCCUGAAUUACGUGUUCUCUUUGAAGAACAUCGACAAUCUCUAUGUCUAUGGGCAGAAAGGCAAUGAGUAAGUUUUUAUUAUUUACAGUUUUUGUUUUUUUUUCAAAAAAAACAAUUUGAAAAAUUUUAAAUUUUAUAGGUUUGUGGUGUUAAAAUUCGAGAAAACUGAUGGGGUUGUAGACGAAUUUGAAAAUGAAAGAAAGUUAUGGAUGGUUGGUGAUAUACUGUUGUCUCAAUCGAACGGCCAUGCGCUCAAGUUUUAUUCUGAAAAAAGACCACGAAUUUUUGCUAAAGACGUGGAUCUUUUCAAUGAAAAAGUCAUCGGCAGUGUCGAAAACGGAGAUCUUUGGUUUCCUGAUAGUUCGUGCAAGACGUUCGAAAGCGGCGAAGAAAACAAGUUGGUUGAGUCAACCUGCUCGGAUCCGAAUCAACUGCUGCUGUCGUUUGUAUGUUACUUUUAAUAUUCUUUUUGAUUAGAAAGACGUUUUUUUGAAAUAGAACAACUAGGCCAUCUUGGAGGACAAGCCUUGUUUUUUCUUUGAGUAGUAUUGAGUAGUAUUGUUAUGGUGCUAAUUUGAUGAUUUUAAAAUUUUACUUCUAGGCCGCGUUGAAAGCACAAGGCGCAACUCUGAGCGAUGACGAGGCCAAUGCGAACAACUUUGCCAUCUUGUUCUAUGAGUAGGUGGUUUGUUAUCGGUUUAUGUGAUUAAGAGACUUGGGGUAAAUUGUUUCUAUUUUUGCUUAUAGUUUAUUAAAAUCUUUUGAGUUUUGGGGGUAGAUUUUUAAAAUUUUAAUUUUUUUAAAGUUGUUAAACAAUUUCAGACAAGCUCCCACGACGACAACAACUUCUACGACUAGUACCACUACUACACCCCUUGUCACUGAAGUCGAUUUUACUCUUCCAGAAGAGUCAACGUGAGUUUAUAAUUUGUGAAAGAUUCGAACUUUUCACCUUAGGGUCUGUAAGUAGUAUUUGCACUAUUUUAUAUAUAAAUAACGUAAACUCAGACAUAUUUUAAAAUUUAAAUUUUUAAGGUUAUUUUUGAUGUUAGGCGAUUGAUUGUGGAGGUGGGUUGAAAAACACUAGCAGAUACCCUAGCCUGUAUCAACUGUUUAUGUCACUGUUUUUAGGGUUUUUGUAAGCACCAUUGGUGCUGGAAAUGGGACCACUGACUCAUCGGGAAGUUCGAAUUUGGUAUAGUAAGUUUUGGUUUUGUAUUGUAAAAUGGUAUCAUUUGUACUAUGUUGAAACAAAAUUUAUUUUGGUUAGGGCUUGAACUUCAGAAAUAGGGUAAAUUUUAGUAGAAUAAUUACAUAUUUUAAACGCUAUUUGGGUUAAACUUACAUUUUUUACUAGUUUUUUUGUAUAAUAUCAACGUAAAUUUAUGUGUUUCAGCGUUGGUAUUGGAUGUGCCGUUGUCGGGUUACUUGUAGUCGUGAUUGUCGCAAUUGUUGCUUGCAUUUAUUUCUAUCGAAAGAAAAAGAAGGCUGAUCCAGUAGACAGCUCGUCGCUUAAAACCGCAGUACAAGCACCAUUUAGUGAAGUACAUGUUGGACCAGAUUUAAAUCACCGAACUCUCAGGCUCAAUGUGUGA